CAGAGAGGCCAGAGGAGCAGAGAGCUGGAAGCAAACUCAGAAACCAACAACUCACACUCUGAAGCUCUCUCUCAUCCUCACCCUCCACCAUGAAGGUCUCUGCAGGGCUUCUGUGCCUGUUGCUCACAGUGGCCGCCUUCAGCACCCAGGUGCUUGCUCAGCCAGAUGGAAUUAGUUCUCCAAUCACCUGCUGCUAUAACUUCACCAGUAAGAAGAUCCCGAAGCAGAGGCUACAGAGCUACAGAACAAUCACCAGCAGCAAGUGUCCCAAAGAAGCUGUGAUCUUCAAGACCAAACUGACCAAGGAAGUCUGUGCUGACCCCAAGGAGAAGUGGGUCCAGGAUUCCAUGAAGCACCUAGACGAGAAAACCCAAACUCCAAAGCCUUGAACACUCACUCCACAACCCAAGAAUCUGAACCUAAUUUAUUUUCUUCUGGCUUUCACUAAAUGUCCUCUGACAUUAUUUUAUUAUAUUUUCAAAGAGUGUGAACUUUGUUUAUUGAUGAGAAACAUGAUGCCUUAAGUAAUGCUAAUCUUAUUUAAGUUAUUGAUGUUUUAAUUUUUAUCUUCCACGAAUACUGGUAUGUUUUAGAUAUGAAGACUUAAACUAAUUGCUUUCUUCUGUGAACUCAAAUUCCACCUCAAGAUGGUACGAUGGUUCUUACAAAAAUCAUUAAUGUCCCACAUUAAUGCCAAAAAUGUUAUUGUGGAAAUGUAUAUGAUGUAACUAUUGGACAAUAUAUAUAUUUUUUUACAAAA